UAUGUCCUCUCUCCUUCUUGGAAAAAACCACUCAACAUCCUUCCUCUUUCCUCUUCAUAUUUAUAUAUACACACAACACAUCUUUAAUUUUCUUCAUCCUCAUUCAUAAAUCAUAACACAUAAUAUAUUCUCUUCACUCUUUCUUUUCCUAUGGCUUCUCAAAAACAAAACACCCAAGUUCCAUUUCAAGACUCUUUACCCUUCAUGGCCAACAAACUUGGUGGGGAAGGACUAAUAAACGAGCUUUGCAAUGGAUUCAAUCUUUUGAUGGAUUCUAAUAAAAGGGUCAUCACUUUUGAAAGCCUUAAAAAGAAUUCGUCUUUGCUUGGUUUACAAGGGUUAAGUGAUGAGGAUCUUCAAUCCAUGAUUUUGGAAGGUGAUUAUGAUGGUGAUGGUGCUCUUAAUCAGAUGGAAUUUUGUGUCUUGAUGUUUAGACUUAGUCCUGAACUCAUGGAUGGGUCUAAGUUGUGGUUGGAACAAAUGAUUCAACAAGAAAUUCAAGAUUUUAUGUAAUUUUUCUUCUUCUUUUUUUUUCUCAUUUAUUUGUCAUUUUGGACAAUUUUUUCGUACACUCGUAUAAAAAUAAGAAAAAGAUAUAAGUUUAAUGAUAUGAAAUUGACGAACUGAUUCAUAUGAUGUUUCCCUCUUGUAUUUUAUUCAGUUCAAUUCGAUUAUUAUUCUAAAAUGUUGAUUAACAAUUUUUUUUAA